AUGUCUUUUAUAUUUCCUGGAAUCAAUAAAACUUUUGAAGAAUUUGUUGAAAAAUUAUUAAGAAUCAAAUUUGAAGAAUUUAAUAAAAUAGCAAAAACUGAUAAAGAAAAAAGAUUCAAAGGAAAAGUCUUUGAAUAUUUUCUCUAUGAAUUAGCAACACAUAAUGGAAUGAUCAUUGAAAUGAAUCAAACAUUUAUUUCUUUCUCAGAAAAAAUUUUUAAAUCUUUAUCUGAUG